AUGAGCGAGCCAGACAAGUGUCCUGUUAACCAUGCGGAUAUGAAGAGCUUUGGUGCAGGGUGCCCUGUGGACCACUCCAAGUGGAAGGACCAUGGCGGCAAUGGGGGCGAGGGCCUGCCGCCGCUGCCGGACGUGCCGCAGCAGCUUUCGGCCGAGCGAGAGGUGUCGACGAUCCCGCGGGCAGACAACAAGGGCAACUGGGUGUAUCCGUCGGAACAGCAGUUCUUCUCGGCCAUGAAGCGCAAGAGCCACAACCCCGAGGCCCGGGACAUGUCGGUGGUGAUCCCGAUCCACAACGCAGUCAACGAGCGGACCUGGCUAGGCAUUCUGCAGUGGGAAAACGGAUGGGGCGGCGACAAGUGCGGCGGGCCCAAGCUGGUCAAGUUCGAGGGCGACGCCAGCAAGUGGACGCCGCGGGCCUACAUGAACUACCUGCUGGGCAACAAGCCGCCGUUCGACCGCCACGACUGGGUGGUUGACCGGUGCGGGAAACGGAUCGAGUACGUGAUUGACUACUACGCGGGCGCCGCGAACCCGGCCAACCCGUACGCCGCGUCGUUCUACCUCGACGUCCGGCCAAAACUCAACUCGCUCGAGGGCGUCAAGAUGAGAGUGUGCCGGUUCUUCGGACUCGCGUAG